UCCGAUGGGGGAACGUGUUCAAGGUUGCACAGGGAAGAAGGGAAAAGUUAUCGCAGAGGAUUAUGGGAGCUAAGCUGCUGUCCUUGUAGUUAGAGUGCGGAUCAUGCUGAGGAUCCAUGUGUGGCGGACAGUGUGUGCAGCAUUAUCCUCCCGGGGGCCAGCGGGCCGCCUGCGGACACUGCAUGUGAGUGUGAGCCGGCCAUCGCAAGAGCACAGCGCCGCGAUAGACCCGGCAUUACUGGACGUCCUGGUCUGUCCGCUCUCCAGGAAGCCAUUGAGGUAUGAAGAAUCCACUAAUGAGCUAAUUAAUGAUGAGCUGGGUAUCUCCUACCCUAUUGUAGAUGGAAUACCUAAUAUGACUCCUCAGGAUGCAAGAAUGAUUCACAAAGAUCAGAAGCCAAAGGCAACUGACGACACAUCAUAGAUGCAAUUGCAUGAAGCUUUGUCAGACACCAUGAUCCUGUCCCUACCAACUCUGACUGUGCUUGUCCCUUUGCUGUCAUUGGCUGGUUUAUUUUACUCUGCAUCUGUAGAAGAGGAUUUCCCUCAAGGAUGCACAA